AUGUGUGCUCCCAUUUUCUUUUUGCUCUGCGCGGUGGCCAUUUUGGUUCAGAUUACGAACGGUGAAUGCCUCCUCCGCAAUUCAUACAACUCUGCACCGUGCGGGUGUGGUCAGGGGUACAUAGAGUACCCGCUGCCGACGCCGUGGCUGGGUGGCACUUGCGGUGCGGGCUUCGAGUCCGGGGUGGUGCCUGCCUCUGACGGUGGGGGCUUCGCGGUCAGGAGCGCCUCGCCCGUACCGCCUAGCGGGGUGUCGGUGCUUUCAGAGAAUGAGUACGCUGGUGCCCUGGCCGUAGUGGGCCAGGUGCCCUUCCUGGGCACAGCGUACUUGGAGGGCGCGGUGCCGUCCGCAGGCGCCGGGGCCGUUACCUACGGCUGCGGCUACGACGGCGUGCGCAUCAUUAGCGAGGAGAGCGCCUCCCCUGGCGUCCUCUCGGGUGCAGGCUUUUCUGGUUUCCAUGGCGCCGGCGCCCCUUGGGCCACCGAUUUGGGCCACAUCAAUGGAUGGGGCAAUUGCGGCUGCGGCCGAGGAUUAUUGGCUCUU